AUGGCAGCAGUGCUCAGCGAAAAACUGGGCGUCAGCAAGGAGGUCUUCCAGAAAGAGCUAGAGGAAUCUAGAAAAGAACUCGAAAGGCGGUUGAACGCUGAGCAAGAAGAGAAGGAGAAGUUGAGAGCGCAGUGCGAGAUGGUGCAAGAGCAAUUGGAGCGUUUGGAAGGUGAAGAACACGGCCGAAGCCUGAAGCAGCAGCAGUUGCAAGAACGGCUGCGUUUGCUUGAGGCACAAAACCUCCAGUUGCCAAGCGAGAGGGACAAGUUAGAAAAGGAGAAAGAGCAUUUGCGCGGAGAAAUGGAAAGACAUCGAGAAGAACGAGAAAGUGACAACAACACCCGCAGGUUCCAAAUGGAACAGCUGCGCGCGAAGGAGGCUGAAGUGAAGGCCUUGAUGGACCAAGCGGCCUCUCGCGCACGAAACUACAAUCUGCCCAGUGGCGUCACUUCGCUGGAGACGCUCCAGCAGAAAUGCCUCCAUCCUCGCACUCGGCGAUGGGCUAAUGGCCACGGCCGUGGUGUGACAUGCAUCGACUGCAAGAAGCGCCUGUGA